UCCUACAUUUAGGUAAUAAGCAUUUCAUAAUUUUUCAACAAAUCUCUACGUAUUUUUUUUUUUUUCUUUUAUUGUGUUUUUGUGUUUUUCGUGUUUUCUCGAAAUUUGAUGUAAUUUUAUUCUGCCUUUUUGGAGAGCAAGUGCAAAAUUUUCUAGUUAAAGUUUCGCGAUGUUUACGCUAGUUAAGUUAUCACAGCCCUGGAUGCAGUCAAUGCGCAGCGCCUAUAUGCUGUCGCAACGGUUCACCAUACGCCAGUACAAUAAUGAGCACAAUAGCAACGACGAUGACGAAGGAGAGAGACCCACAAAGAUCUCGGCGGCCGCUCAGCUCGCCCAGGCCGUGGAGAGCGACACCAAGCUGGAGUCACCGGAGCCAGUACAGCGCAUGGUCGAGCUGGAGAAUGUGCGCUCCCGGAUCAAUGAGCUGGAUCAGCGCAAGCUGCGGCAUCAGGAAUACGCCCAGAUGCUGAAACAGCUGAUCAUCAAGCCGCCCAACUAUGCCCAGGAGAUAAGGCUGCCAUUCAAGCAGCCCAUACCAGCCAACAACAUGCGUCAAUCGCUUCGCAACUGCUCCAGCACCGAGGAGGUGCUCCAACUGACCAACGACCCAGAGCAGCUGGCCAAUGAGCUAGUGCGUCUGUCCUGGGAGCUAAACACCGAGAAGCGCAAAAACGAUGUCGUACUGGAGAGCUAUCUGGAGCUGAAGCAGGAAAUGCUCAAUGGCAAGUCCAAGGCCAAUGGCGAUGCUUAGCCGACAGUUCCAUACAGAAGAAGAGCUGACGAUAGUGAUAGCAAUCGCAUCAACUUCUCUAGUCAAAAUCUUUAGAUAUAUUUUAGUCAACAAUCAAAUCCUGGCCUGCUUCCUGAUUUUAAUUAGUUUUCAUUUGUUACUCUACAAAUGGUUUAUUUUCACAUUUACAAAGGUUUUCAUGAACAAGUUAAUUAAUAUAUAUACAAUACAUAGCUAGAAGGAUACUAAAUAUAUGAAGGAUACUCAAAAUAUGAAGGAUACUUAAAUUAAAUGACGUAAAUUAUA